CGGCGGCCAUGCUGCGCGGCGCGGCCGUGCUGCUGCUGCGGCGGGCGGCGCCGAGUGGCCCCGCGCACGGCCGGCACUGCCACGGGCAGCGGGAGCAGGGCUCGGGCUCGGGCUCGGGCUCGGGCUCGGGCUCGGGCUCGGGCUCGGGCUCAGGCUCAGCGCGGCCGCAGCCACAGCCACCGGAGCCAUCGCUGCUGCGCUUCCUGGUGUGCCCUCUCUCCAAGCGACCGCUGAGGUACGAAGAAGCUACGAACGAGCUCAUUAACGAGGAGCUGGGCAUCGCGUACCCCAUCAUCGACGGCAUCCCGAACAUGGUUCCGGAGGCUGCCAGGAUGACGCACAAGAAGCCCCCGGCCGAGGGCUCGGAGCAGCCCUGA